GGGCGGUAGCUUUGUGGCGAGGGGUGGGCUUUCGGAGCCUCAGUUUUCUGGCCUCUCCUACUUAACGGGGCGUGAGGGUGGGUACUGACUGUUGUGCUGGUGACGUGGACCUGGAAGCCCAGGUUCACGGAAGGGCAGCGGCUGGCCCAGGAUCGGUCAAAUGAGUUUAGGGCAAAAGCAGAACUAGAUAUGAGCAAACUGAGGCUCAAAGAGGUCAAGUGACUUGGCCAAGGUCAAACAGCUAGUAAGUGGUGGAGCCAGGACUCAAACCCAGUCUAGGAGCCAUGUCUACCUUGUUUCCCUCACUCUUCCCCCGUGUGACUGAGACACUGUGGUUUAAUCUGGAUCGACCCUGUGUGGAGGAGACAGAGCUGCAGCAGCAAGAACAACAGCACCAGGCCUGGCUCCAGAGCAUCGCAGAGAAAGACAACAACCUGGUACCUAUUGGCAAGCCGGCCUCAGAGCACUAUGAUGACGAGGAAGAGGAGGAUGAAGAUGAUGACGAAGAUAGUGAAGAGGACUCAGAGGAUGAUGAAGACAUGCAGGACAUGGAUGAGAUGAAUGACUACAAUGAGUCACCUGAUGAUGGAGAGGUCAAUGAGCCUUCUCUCCAGGUGGACAUGGAAGGCAACGAACAGGAUCAGGACCAGUGGAUGAUCUAGGUAGACAAGGCAGUGUGGCCUCAGGGAAAUUCCAGGCCAGCCCAACUUACCCUGCAUCCCCGGCAGAACCAGCUGAUUGCCCCAGUGCCUGAAAGCUCACCCUUGGGUAUCUCUUCAGCUGCUGCCGGGAACUGGUCUCCUUGGCCCCUCCCAGGCCGUCAGUUUGCCCUGAUUCCCCAGGGCCUGAGCCCAACCCAUCUUUCUGCCUAGUAUUUCACCUUUUGGUUGCCAGGUAUAGUCUCUUUCUAACUCCCUUUAAUAAAGACACAGGACUGAUUUUUUC